ACUUGGCACAAGGAGGCUUUUUCAUUAAGAACGGGGAAUAUCUUUGCACCUUGGAUUACCAGCGUAUGUAUGGUACCCGCUGCAAUGGUUGUGGGGAGUUCGUGGAAGGCGAAGUAGUGACAGCUCUCGGAAAAACUUACCAUCCAAGCUGCUUUGCCUGUACUGUUUGCAAGCGUCCAUUUCCACCAGGCGAUCGAGUUACCUUUAAUGGAAGGGACUGUCUCUGUCAGAUGUGUGCUCAGCCAAUGUCCUCCAGUCCAAAAGAAUUGUCUCCCUCAAGCAAUUGUGCUGGCUGUGGAAGAGACAUAAAAAAUGGACAAGCAUUGCUAGCUCUGGAUAAGCAGUGGCACCUUGGGUGCUUUAAGUGCAAGGCCUGCGGGAAGGUCCUAACUGGGGAAUACAUCAGCAAAGAUGGUGCUCCUUAUUGUGAAAAGGACUAUCAAGUUCUUUUUGGAGUCAAAUGUGAAGCAUGUCACCAGUUCAUUACUGGGAAAGUCCUAGAGGCAGGUGACAAGCAUUAUCAUCCAAGCUGUGCACGAUGCAGCAGGUGCAACCAAAUGUUCACGGAAGGAGAAGAAAUGUAUCUGCAAGGUUCCACUGUCUGGCAUCCCGACUGUAAGCAAUCCACUAAGACUGAAGAUAAGCUACGGGUAAGCUGAAUUCAGCAUUCCUCAUCUGAGUUCUUUUAUCCAAAGAGUCUGGUUCUGCGCAGGCCACGCUCUGCAGAGUUACUUUUUGUUUUUCAGCCUACAAGAACAUCAUCGGAAAGCAUUUAUUCCAGACCAGGUUCCAGUAUACCUGGCUCUCCAGGCCACACUAUCUAUGCAAAAGUAGACAAUGAAAUCCUUGAUUACAAGGAUUUAGCAGCCAUUCCCAAAGUCAAGGCCAUUUAUGACAUUGAACGUCCAGACCUAAUUACUUAUGAGCCAUUCUACACUUCUGCCUACGAGGACAGACAGGAGAGACAGAGUCUUGGAGAGUCUCCAAGGACAUUAUCACCUACCCCUUCUGCAGAAGGUUAUCAAGAUGUUCGGGAUCGCAUGAUUCACAGGUCUACUAGUCAGGGCUCCAUUAAUUCUCCAGUGUACAGUCGUCAUAGCUACACACCCACCAUGUCACGUUCCCCUCAGCAUUUCCACAGACCUGAUCAAGGUGUCAACAUUUACAGAAAACCACCCAUCUACAAACAACACGCUGCUUUGGCAGCACAGAGCAAGUCCUCCGAGGAUAUCAUCAAGUCCUCCAAGUUCCCAGCAGCUCAUGCACCCGCACCCAACGAGAUACCAAAGAUUGAGACGGACCACUGGCCAGGUCCUCCCUCCCUUGCGGCCAUAGGAGCUGACAUGAGACGCAGAUCAAGUGGAAGAGAGGAAGAUGAUGAGGAGCUACAGAGACGCCGGCAGCUGCAGGAGGAGCAGCUCAUGAAGCUCAACUCUGGUCUCGGACAACUGAUAUUGAAAGAAGAGAUGGAAAAGGAGAGUCGCGAUAGGUCAGCCCUUUCUGCCAGUCGUUACGAUUCUCCAGGUAAUACAUCACAUGCUUCAGCCUCCAAAACCUCUUCUCUCCCUGGCUAUGGAAAAAAUGGACUUCACAGGCCGGUGUCUACAGAUUUUGGUCAGUACAACAGCUAUGGGGAUGUGAGUGGUGGUGUUAGAGAUUUCCAGUCCCUUCCGGAUGGUCAUGUCCCUGGAAUGAGAAUGGACAGAGGAGUAUCUAUGCCUAACAUGUUGGAGCCAAAGAUUUUUCCAUAUGAAAUGCUCAUGGUGACCAACAGAGGGCGAAAUAAAAUACUAAAAGAUGUAGACAGAACCAGGCUUGAGCGUCACUUAGCACCUGAAGUUUUUCAAGAAAUAUUUGGCAUGACGAUACAGGAGUUCGACAAGUUACCUCUCUGGAGACGCAACGACAUGAAGAAAAAAGCAAAACUCUUUUAAUCUCCCUUUAAACAAACCAACAAAAAAUGAUAUUGUAUUAUACAGUCCAAACUAUUUGGAAGCAACUACUUAUCCACCAAAAAGGGAAAAUCACAUAAUGGCACCUCUGUACACAGCAAUUGAACAAGAUGAACAUUUGCCCUCCUGGAACAUAGGGAGAAAAUAUCUGGGCUCAGAAACAACAAUGAUAGUUUUCAGAGGUGUCGACCUGUUACAUGAUAUUAUACAAGAUAGGAAACUGUUCUGUUCUUCUCCCUCAAUGAUAUUCCCUUUACUUCUCUCCACAAUAUGAUGGACUUUAUUGCUAGAGCCAGGAAGUGCCCUUAGGAUGCCUUGUAGACUAAAGUAGUUGUAACCACUCCAAGAACUGGAAAAGAAUAUAUAUAUAUAUAAAAAUAUAUAUAUAUGUAUGUGUGUUUGCGUGUGUGCGCACAUGUAUUUAUAACUAUCCAUCUAUCUAUGUGUGUACGUGUAUGUAUGUGUAUAUAUGUGUAUAUAUAUGGAGAGGAAGAUAGAUGCUCUGUAGUGAAGGAGAAGCCCUUUGUAACUUAUCUACAUGGUCACAUUAGGUCUUUCAUGCAACUGUUUCUUAAUUGGCACUCUUUUGAAAUGGCAUCUUCUUCAUGUGAUACAAUCUGCAAAUGUGGGCACUCUGCUCACUUACAGUACAUACCAGUUGAAUUUCUGGAAAAUGGACUCCUUGUAUAUAUUUGCUAGAAUAUAGGAAGUGAAUUGCUGUGUGUUGUCAGUCUUCCCUCUUCCACACUUUCUGCUUGAAUUAAUAAGGCUGGAGCUUAACCAGUCCUUUGAAUAAUUUAAGAUCACUUAAGUAAUGGGAAUGGUGGAGAAGAGUCAGUUUUCUUGUAAUUCAGUCCAGGAGAUGGGUGGAUGGGGGUGGGCGUGACAGAGUGAGAAAAUGCUUAUUUAAGUGUGCCCUGGUUCGCACCCAGAGAUUUCGGGACAGACUCCCUGCUAGUAAUUACUAGUACAGCUCAUCAGACUGCAGUGGAGUCGUAGGAUUUUACAUCAGCAGGGAAGAUGGUUCUCUGCAAGCUAACACACAAAUUCAUCCCUCUUAGGGAGGAAUGUUUAUGAAUUAAAAGGUACCAUCAAGGUGCCAUGCUCUGCCAAUAGAGGCUUUUUGAUUAAAUUGCAGUUGCUGUUGUCAAUAUGGCACAGUGCAUGGGGCCAAGCACUCUUUUUAGUUAAUGUAGUUUUUCACUUGUGCUUGGAAUAGAGGGCACAGGCUUUCUUUUUUUUUUUUUCCCCUCUUUUGAAGUGUCAAAGCUCCAGCCUUGGUUAUUUUUAUUUCCCUUUGUGCCUGACUUGGUUUUUGAAGACAGAGUAAUCAUGCAAGACAGUUUCUGAGCUGCAUUGAACUCCUUAUUGCUUUCAGUCUUCUUCCAAUAUGCUGCAGCUUAAAAAAACUGCCUGUAUAUACCUUAACUGCUUCUGGGCAAGUCCUAUACAGAGGAGGACAUGAGCACCAAAGUAAUUGAAUUAAUUCAUUGCGGCUGCAAGGUCAGCUUUUUCUCUUCCUUGGUGCUUAACUGCCAAUGUAUACUGCACUAAUGAGCCUGUCUCCUGAUAUGGGAGAGGGUCAUUUAGGUUCUGUGUCUGUCAAAGAAUAUCAAGGUUUCAUUUUUAAUGCAGAAACUUUUGGCACUGGAGACAUCAGAACCUUUGUAUUUUCUGUUAUAUGAGACAUUGGUGUUAAAAUCUGGAAGUCAGGAAGGGGAAACAGUCCCGUGUAGUUGUGAGAUUCAGUACGACUGUGUUGAGCUCUCUAUAUCCCCAAAUGGCAUUUCACCAUGAAAUGUGCAGGACAGCCCAAAUCCUGCCUCUUCUUUGCUGGUUUAGGAAGUCCUGUUGCAACAGAUCACUGUGGUUCCUUUGAUAA